GGCAUAAUCGCGUGAAUUUAGAGCAUAAAUUGCUCCGUCGUGUCCUCCCAACGCGUAUCGGUUACGUCGAAGGUUCGGGAAAAUUCUCGAAAGAUACCCCACGCUAUACCAUCUACAUUAGUUACACGCCAAACAUGCAUUCCUUCCAUCCGGAGUCUUUUUAUUAGGUUUUAUAAGUUUACUUUGAGUUGAAUCUGCUAGACUUCGGAGUUGGGGGAAUGGAGAGAAGCGGUGGUUACAGAGGGAGAGGUGGAAGAGGAGGAGGAGGAAGUGGUGGUGAUGGUUGGAGAGGAGAAAGAGGAGGAGGAAGUGGUGGCGAUGGUCGGAGAGGAGGCUAUCGAGGAGGAAGAGGUGGUGGCCAGCAGUAUCGCCGCCGCGAUCAACCUGAUCAGCAUGAAUGGAGAAGUUCGGGCCAAGGUGGAGGCCAGGGGCCACCGCCUUGGCAUGAUCGUCCAUGCGCUGGCGGGAAUUCUAGUGGUGGGAGAGGAGUAAAUCGGGGAGCCUGGGUUCCUAACAGAGGGAGAGGGCCCGCUGGACCUCCUGUGGCUACUGAUCAUGCUCCAAAUCUUCAACGGGGGAAUCAAUAUCCUCCUGAAUCUGUCCUUGGUCCUGUUGUUUCUGAGAUGGCGGAAUUUAAGAUUUCACAACAAUUGCCUUCUUCAUCAUCUUCUGAGGAGAAUCCUGACAGGAUUGUCCCUGUUAAACGACCGGAUAAAGGUGGUACCCUGGGCACCCAAAUGGUUAUGCUUCGUGCUAAUCAUUUUCUGGUCAAGUAUGAUUCUGAGCGCAUCAUUAAGCACUAUGAUUUUGAUGUCAAAUCAGAGAUGCCCGUCAAGAAUGGUUAUCCGAAAAAAAUAUCAAAAUCUGAUCUGUCUGUCAUCAGGAACAAAUUAUUCACCGAGAAUCACGCUGAAUUUCCUAUGUCAUUCACCGCAUAUGAUGGUGAAAAGAACAUUUUUAGUGCAGUUCCUUUGCCCACUGGAACAUUUAAGGUGCUUGUGGGGGAAGAGGGCAGGCAUGGUUCUUAUGUUGUUUCGAUAAAACUUGUAAGUGAGGUGAAGUAUUGUAGGUUAGAUGAUUACUUAAGUGGUAUUAUAUCCUCAAUACCUCGUUACACAUUGCAAGCCAUGGAGUUAGCUAUGAAAGAGAACCCUAAUAACAAUAUGAUUCCCGUGGGACGUUGCUUCCACCCUUUUGAAACUUAUCCAGAGGAUGAUCUUGGGUGUGGGAUUAUAGCAUCCAGAGGUAUUCAACACAGUCUCAAGCUAACAUCUCAAGGUUUAGCUUUGUGCUUGGACUACUCUGUCUUAGCAUUUCGUAAGAAAAUGCCUGUUGUUGACUUUCUCCGGGAGCAUAUUCACGGUUUUAAUUUAAAUGACUUUGAAAGAUUUAGGAAGCAAGUUGAGAUUGUUCUGAGGGGUUUGAAAGUAACGGUGAUCCAUCGUACUACCAAACAAAAGUAUGUUGUUGCUGGGUUGACAAGGGAGAACACAAGAAACCUAUCAUUUACUGCUGAAGACACAGAAGGCAAUGUUCCUGCAAGGCAAGUUAGCAUCAUUGCUUAUUUCAGGGAAAAAUACAAAAAGGAAAUUGUGUACAAAGGUAUCCCUUGCUUAGAUUUGGGCAAAAAUAACAGGAAGAAUCAUGUUCCUAUGGAGUUCUGUGUCUUAGUUGAGGGGCAGGUAUAUCCUAAAGAGAAUCUGGAUAGAAAUGCAGCAUUGGAAUUGAAGGACAAGUCACUGGCGCAGCCAGCGGAAAGAGAGCGCAGAAUAUGUGACAUGGUUCAGUCUACAGAGGGACCAUGCAGGGGACAGGUCGUCUCAAAUUUUGGAAUCGAAGUAGACAUGCAAAUGACAUCAUUGGUUGGACGUGUCUUGGCGCCACCAGAGUUGAAGCUAGGUGCUUCAAAUGGCAAGCUUGUUAAAAUUCCAGUUGACAAGGUCAAGUGCCAGUGGAACCUUGUUGGCAAAGCACUAGUGGAUGGGAAGCCAAUUCAAAGGUGGGCUGUAGUCGACUUCAGUUCUGCUGAAUCUAAUCGUUUCAAACUGAAUCCUGGGCAGUUCAUUCCAAGGCUGAUUGCUCGUUGUAAGAAUCUGGGGAUUCGCAUGGAAGAGCCUCUCAUAUAUGAACGCUCAACAAUGAAAAAAUUCACUGGUAUUGAUAUGCUUCGUGAGCUUUUGGAAAAGAUUAAUGACAUGGCGUAUAACAUCAGCCAAGGUCAUUUGCAAAUUGUUCUUUGUGUGAUGUCUAGAAAGGAUCCUGGUUACAAGUAUCUCAAGUGGAUCUCUGAGACUAGAGUUGGUGUAAUAACUCAAUGUUGUUUGUCUACUAAUGCCAACAAUGGCAAUGAUCAAUAUCUUGCUAAUCUUGCCCUAAAGAUUAAUGCUAAGCUUGGAGGCAGCAAUGUUGAGCUCAUUGGCCGGCUACCCUACUUCAAGGAUGAAAAAAAUGUCAUGUUUGUCGGGGCUGAUGUCAACCAUCCUGAUUCUAGAAAUAAGAUGAUUCCAUCCAUUGCAGCUAUUGUUGCUACUGUAAACUGGCCAGCGGCAAAUAGGUAUGCAGCACGAGUUCGUCCCCAAGAACAUCGCAAGGAGAAGAUUCUCCAUUUUGGUGAUAUGUGUUUGGAACUUGUGGAAACCUAUGCUCGGAUAAAUAAGGCCAAACCAGAUAAGAUUGUGGUGUUUCGUGAUGGAGUUAGUGAAGGCCAAUUUGAUAUGGUUCUCAACGAAGAGUUAAUAGAUAUCAAGAGGGCAUUUGGAAGAAUUAAUUAUUCUCCUCCUAUCACAAUUAUUGUAGCACAGAAGCGGCACCAAACUCGUCUUUUUCCAAAGACUCAGAGAGAGGGAAGUUCUACUGGAAAUGUGCCUCCAGGCACAGUUGUGGACACAAAAAUUAUUCACCCAUUUGAGUUUGAUUUCUAUCUUUGUAGUCAUUAUGGAACCCUUGGUACAAGCAAGCCUACACACUAUCAUGUCCUAUGGGAUGAAAAUGGGAUCAAUUCUGACCAGUUGCAGAAGCUCAUUUAUGACAUGUGCUUCACCUUUGCUCGAUGCACCAAACCCGUAUCGCUGGUCCCACCUGUGUAUUACGCUGACCUUGUAGCCUACAGAGGAAGGCUAUACUAUGAGGCAGUGAUAGAGGGUCAGUCCCCUAUUUCAGCAGCAUCGUUGUCAUCGUUGGCAGCAUCAUCAUCAUCAUCAUCCCUGUCAUCAGCUGCGUCCUUGGAUGACAGGUUCUAUAAGUUGCAUGCUGACCUCGAAAACAUAAUGUUCUUUGUUUGAGAAGCUCUGGCACAGCUUGAAUCUCCUUCAAUUCAUGGAGAGGAGAUAAUCACCAUAUUUUGUUGCAAUGCUUGUACGCCAGUUCACUCCUUUUCAUAUGCAAAUCAAGGGGUUUGUGCGUGAAUCUAAUGUUUCUGCAGGCCAUGUUGGAAUGCAGGCAUGCCGUGUGUUUGUGUUCAUGUCUGGCGUAGGGCGUGAUUUUGUCUCUCAUUACCUUUUGCGGGUCACGGGGAUAUACUGAGUUGGCUAGCCAGUCUUUAGUAGUAUUUGUUGCUUCUAUCCUCCAUGUUUUGGAAGACUUUUGAAUUAGAGCCGAUUAUUAUUAAGUUCUGGUUUUACAUUUUAAUUUUCUGCAUUACAUGAAGUGUUAUUUUGAGUUUA